AUGACUUCCGGGCUCAGAAAGCGCGCGUCUGGAGCUGGUGAAAUUGUAAACGAUGAACAUCCCCAGUUGAAAAGAACGAAGUUUACUUCAAGCAGAAGCGGCGCCGCUUGCGACUCUAGCAAACGUCGUACGGGUGCUACUGGAAAUGUUGAUGCAAAUGGGGAUCAUUACUGGGAAAUAUCAAAAAUGCGUCGUGUCACUAUUUCCUCAUUUCGAGGAAAGACACUGGUUAAUAUUAGGGAAUACUACGAGAAAGAUGGCCAAGAGCUUCCCGGCAAGAAAGGCAUUUCGUUGCCAAUCGACCAAUUUGCCUCCCUUGUCACCUUAUUGCCUGAUAUUGAGCUUACACUAAAGGAUAUUGGAGUGUCUGUUCCACGACCAGAUUACGCCGGCGGACAUAGUAUCUCAAACGAAGACCACAAUGAAGCCUCUGGUGAUGGUGAUGAUAGUGAACGUGGAGCCUCGCACCCGCCAAGGAAAAACAUUGAAGCGACAAGCGAGGAGGAUGAGAGCACGCCAUGGUCUGCAAGAUGGUUUCAAGCCUUCAGACUCUGUGUUAAUGUCGUAUUAAGCCGGUAUGCUAAAUAUGACGUGCAUCCCGUCUGUAUCGUGCACAGUUCUAGUUACGACGCUUGCGUUGAUGUCCUAUAA